AUGGCUUUCAAAUUUUUAUUAUUCGCCGCCUUCCUAGCCGUCGCCCGUGCUGGAGUCAUAGGAGUAGCCGCCCCCGCAUACUCAGCCGCUCCAGCUGUCUCCUACUCUACCGCCCCUGUUGCCAAAACCAUUAUUGCCGAGCCCUCCGCCCCAGCCAACUACGAAUUCGGAUACGCCGUCAAUGACCCCCACACCGACGACAGCAAGAGCCACCAGGAAACCCGCCACGGAGACGUCGUCCAAGGCAGCUACUCCCUCAUCGAAGCUGACGGAUCCAAGAGGGUAGUUCACUACACCGUUGACGCACACAGCGGUUUCAACGCUGUAGUCAGCAGGGAACCUGGUUCAGUCGCUGUUAAAGCCGUUGCUCCAGUAGUUGCCAAAGUAGCCGCCCCAAUAGUGACUAAAUUAGCUGCCCCAUUAGGAUACGCAGCCGGACCAGCAUACUACCACUAA